AGAGAGCAAAGUGUGAUCUGUGCCGAGACCACGGGGUAAGAGCCCAUAAAGCCCCAGAACGCAGAAGAAACACACGGCUCCAGCUCCUCAUGGCCCCCACGGCGCUCUCUUUCCUCCUGUGGCCCCUCUUCCUGGGAGCCCUAGGAUCAGGUCCGGACAACGGUCACCCUCAGGUUGAGACACAGUACGGGAAACUGAGGGGGAAGACGCUGUCGGUGAAGGAGACAGACAGAACAGUCCACGCCUUCUAUGGAGUUCCUUUCGCCAAACCUCCAGUGGGUCCAUUACGAUUUGCAGCUCCAGAACCCCCUGAAUCCUGGAGCUCGGUCAGAGAGGCCCAAGAACAUGCCCCUCUAUGUCAACAAAACCGCCGCGUCCUGGAACAAAUUACGAGGAUUCUGAAUAUUUCCUUGCCACCAUUGUCAGAAGACUGCCUGUACCUAAAUAUCUUCACCCCAGCGGACAGAGAGAAAGGUCUCAAACUGCCCGUCAUGGUAUUUAUUCAUGGAGGAGGAUUACAAUUUGGUGGUGCAGGAAUGUUUGAGGGGUAUGCAUUAAGUGCGUACGAGAAUGUAGUUGUUGCAUCCAUCCAGUACAGACUGGGGUUCCUGGGAUUUUUCAGCACCAGAGAUAAACAAGUCCCAGGGAACUAUGGAUUCUUUGAUCAGGUUGCGGCCCUCCGGUGGGUUCAGGAGAACAUUGGGGAUUUUGGAGGUGACCCCAAUAUAGUGACCAUAUUUGGUGAAUCGGCGGGUGCGGUCAGUGUCUCACUCCUGCUGCUGUCCCCAAUGUCAAGAGGUCUCUUCCACCAAGCCAUCGCUGAGAGUGGGGUCGCCCUAAUUCCAGAUCUGAUGGAGGACAAACCCCAGGAUCUCACCUCUACCCUGAAGGUUGUCAGUGAGGCUUCUGCCUGUGACUCAGCUUCGCUCCUGGAUUGUCUGAGGAAGAAGACAGAAGAGGAGAUGUCUGAGAUUUCGGAAUCCUUGGGUCCUAUAGUGUUCUCUGGACGUGUUGAUGGGACGUUCAUCCCUAAAGCGGUUGCGGAGCUGUUGGCCGAGAAGACGGUGGCGCCCGUCCCCUUCAUCGUUGGAGUUAACAAUCAUGAGUUUGGACAUAUGCUGCCCCGGGCCCAUAACAUCACCGGACUGAAUGACGGGAUGCCGCGAGAUCGCGUGGUGCAAGUUCUCCGGAAAUUCCCCAUCAUGAAUGCCCGACCUGAGAUCCUCUCCCUCGUGAUGGACGAGUACUUCGGGAACACCACCGACCCCCUCCAAAUCAGGGACGGCUUCCUGGACUUAUGCGGAGAUGUGAUGUUCGUCAUCCCAGCCAUCAGCACGGCCAAUUAUCACCGAGACUCUGGAUUUCCCGUCUAUUUCUAUGAAUUCCAGCACCGGCCCUCACUCUUCAAGAAUGUCAAACCCGACUAUGUGAAGGCCGAUCACGCUGAUGAGCUCUUUUUUGUGGUCGGAGGACCAUUUCUUCAUAAAGGUAGCAUGUUUGUAGGUCCGGACACGGAGGAAGAGAAGACUUUGAGUAAAGCAGUCAUGAACUACUGGGCCAACUUUGCACGGAAUGGAAAUCCCAACGGGCCGGGUCUGGUUCAGUGGCCCCAAUACGACCAGAAUGAAGGCUUUCUUCAGAUUAAUAUAAGUCUGAGCGCAGCCCAAAAACUGAAAGCAAAGAAGUAUGAAUUCUGGACUAAGACCCUUCAUCAGAAAAUCCUGGCGGUGUCCCGGGACGGCUGAGAGCGAACGGGGGGCGAGAGGCUGCAGACAGACACGGUGGAGCGCUGCUGCAGUCCACACGGGUACUGCAGCCGUUACCUCUCCCAAUCUGCAAGGUGGCAUAAUGUGAACAGGACCAUGGACGUUACUCGUGGUCAUCCUCUUUACCGUCCGGCUGUGUCUCUCCACGCUCAGCGGCAGAUCAGCCGGUUGUCUAGAGGGGCAAGGUGCAGCUGUACAAGCUUCUCUGCUCUCAUGAAAUACUGUCAAUAAAGUUUUUUUGAGAAAAUUC